CAGGUCAGAUGCUGGGAAGUUCAAAGAGAUGGAAAAACAGUUGGUAAAGCACAGCAGACAAUGGGUGGCCCAGUAUUAGAUGUUGCUUGGCAUGAUGAUGGAAGUAAGGUUUUCAUGGCAAGUGCAGAUAAAACAGUCAAUUGCUGGGACCUUGGCAGUAACCAAAAGGUCCAGGUUGCUCAGCAUGAAGCUCCUGUCAAGACAGUACACUGGAUCAAAGCCCCAACAUAUUCAUGUAUGAUGACUGGCUCAUGGGAUAAGACACUGAAAUUCUGGGAUUUACGGAACCCACAGCCCAUCAUGACCAUAAAUUUACCUGAGCGAUGCUACUGUGCUGAUGUUGAGUAUCCAAUGGCAGUUGUAGGAACUGCCAACAGGCACCUAAUUGUCUACCAGCUUGAGGGACAGCCACAGGAAUUCAAGCAGAUUGAAUCCCCACUCAAGUACCAGCACCGUUGUGUUGCUAUUUUCAAAGAUAAGAAAGGCUCUGGAGCUCCAGCUGGUUUUGCACUUGGAAGUGUUGAGGGCAGAGUUGCCAUUCAGUACAUAGUUGCAGCUUCACCACGCGACAACUUUACCUUCAAAUGCCAUAGAUCAAAUGGGACCUCAAAUGGGUUCCAAGAUAUUUAUGCUGUGAAUGAUAUCAAGUUUCAUCCAGUUCAUGGAACUCUUGCAACUGUAGGAUCAGAUGGCAGGUUCAGUUUUUGGGACAAAGAUGCAAGGACUAAACUGAAAAACUCUGAAGCAAUGGAACAGCCAAUAUCAUCUUGUGCUUUUAAUCACAAUGGACAGAUAUUUGCAUAUGCUGUUUCAUAUGAUUGGUCAAAG